AGCCCCUUUUGAGAUUUGUGUGUAGAGUGAAUGAGGCAAGGCUGUCACUGCCUUAACUGUGUGGACUCUGGUCUGUGGGAGGAGAGGGAGGCUCUGACUGACUAAUUUGUCACGUUAAACAUGGACGAGACCUUGGUGAUCCCUGGAUUGGUGGCUGUCUUUGUGUUGGUAGGAACAGUUUUCUACUUCCUGCUAGGUUCUUCAGGUGAGAAGACGAAGAAGCUGCCCGUCACUCUCCAAGAUCCCACAGUGAAAUAUCCUCUCCCACUUAUACGCAAAGAGGAAAUCAGUCAUGACACAAAGAAAUUUCGGUUUGGCCUUCCAUCUGCAAGUCACAUCCUUGGGCUGCCAGUAGGCCAGCACGUGUACCUGUCAGCAAAGGUGAACGGCGUUCUGGCGGUUAGAGCCUACACUCCAGUCUCCAGUGAUGAGCACCAAGGAUAUGUUGACCUCGUGGUUAAGGUCUACUACAAGAACACCCACCCGUCUUUCCCUGAUGGAGGGAAGAUGUCGCAGUACCUGGACGGCAUGACCAUUGGAGACACUAUUGACUUCAGAGGGCCCAAUGGACUCCUGGUGUAUAAGGGCAAUGGUCAGUUUGCCAUCAGACCAGAUAAGAAGUCGGAGCCAAAGGUUCGGAAGUUUAAGCACGUGGGAAUGAUCGCUGGCGGAACAGGUAUCACUCCUAUGCUGCAGUUAAUUCGCAGUAUCUCAUCAGACUCCACUGACAACACCAAGUGCUCUCUCAUAUUCGCCAACCAGACUGAGAAAGACAUCUUACUGAGGGAGGAGCUGGAGGAGGUGAAGAAGAACCAUCCUGAGAGACUUCAGCUGUGGUUCACACUGGACAAACCUCCACAGAACUGGAGCUACAGCUCAGGAUUUGUGACCUAUGACAUGAUCAAGGACCACCUCCCCGCUGCAUCCAACGAUGUCCUCAUCGUCCUCUGCGGCCCUGCGCCUAUGAUCCAGAAUGCCUGUCUGCCAAAUCUGGAAAAGCUGGGACACAGAACGGAAAACAUCUUUACAUACUAGUAUCUCGUCGUUUAGCAGUCGCUGCAGAUGUUCCUUCCAUUCAAAAUCACAAAUGACUCUCAUUUAAAUGACCUGUUUGUAAUUUUCUGUAUUUCAUUCAGGUAAUGUGUGAGUUUUGAUAUCAGUGACACUACCACGUGUAAAAGAUGCAAAAUAAAGACGAAAAACAAGUGUU